AUGAGCAGCGAGAGAUUGCCGUCUCUGCCAUUGCCAACUCCGUACCAGGCGUACUCGUCGGGUACCUCGUCACCCCGGGUCAGCUCCAUUGGCUCUGCAUCAAGCUCUCAUACCGGCUCCCAGUCGUCUUUCACAUCGGCCACAUCCUCCAACGGCCCAAAGACUCCCUCUCCCACUUUCCACGUCACCGCCGCGAUUCCUGGUUCCUCGAGCCAGCCCAUCAGUGCUUACGAUAAUUACCCCGCCAUGAAUCAACCCGCAGCCGACAUGUACUAUUCGCAACACAUGUCCGCCGGCCAGGCGCCGCCGCCCCAGACUGUCACCUCUGGCGCCAUGUCUUACCACUCACAGCCCCCGCCGUUACAACCAAACCACCUGCCUCAGUACCAGCAGCCCCAGUAUGGCCAGCCACCCUACGGAUACGCUAAUGGGUUGACCUCGCCUCAGAGCGCUCCUCCCGCCGUUUCCAACCAAAUGGGUGGCCAAAAUGUUCUUCCUCUGCCCGGCGUCGCUACUCAGGGCUUCCAGGGAUUUGACACUACUGGUCAAGUCGCCCCACCUGGCAUGAAGCCCAGAGUGACGGCCACUUUGUGGGAGGAUGAAGGCAGCUUGUGUUUCCAGGUCGAAGCUCGCGGCAUCUGUGUUGCGCGCCGAGAGGAUAAUCACAUGAUCAACGGCACCAAGCUUCUCAACGUAGCGGGAAUGACCCGUGGCCGGAGAGACGGAAUUCUCAAGAGCGAGAAAGUGAGACAUGUCGUCAAGAUUGGCCCAAUGCACUUGAAGGGUGUCUGGAUUCCCUUUGAAAGGGCAUUGGACUUUGCCAACAAGGAAAAGAUUACGGAGCUUCUAUACCCGUUGUUCGUCCACAACAUCGGCGCCUUGCUGUACCACCCUACCAACCAGACCCGAACCAAUCAGGUUAUGGCCGCCGCCGAACGUCGUAAGCAGGAGCAGAGCCAGAUGCGUGGUGCUCCUCAGACCGGCGGCCCAGGGCUACCCUCUAUCCAACAACAUCACCACCACAUGGGUUUGUCGGGGCCUCAGCAGUCUCUGCCGUCCCACGCUCAGAUGGGGCGUCCGACUCUUGACCGGGCACAUACAUUCCCUACGCCGCCCACUAGCGCUUCCAGCGUCAUGGGUGGAAGUAUGAACGCUUCUGACAACGGUUUUCAGUGGGCCCAAGGCCAGGCAAUGGGCACUGCUCAAGGUACUAACCCCAUGUCCAUUGAUACGGGUCUAAGCAACGCUCGCUCAAUGCCCGCUACCCCAGCUUCCACACCUCCUGGAACAACCAUUCAGAACAUGCAGUCGUACCAGUCUGGCACGCAGCAAUACGAUAACUCGAGACCCAUGUACAACGCCCCGACACAACAGUCCCCGUAUCAGACAACCAACCCGGCGUCUCAAGACCGCUCCGUGUAUGGCCAGAGUGACCCGUACGCGAAGAACGAUAUGGGCCCCCCUUCAGCGCGCCCCACGACUUCGGGCACUCAGGACCAGAAGCCCGCCAAUGGCAUUAUGCACGCGGACCAAAACGGACAAGCUGUUGCCCAGCCUGCCGGCGAUGAGGAAGCUGAGCAUGAACACGACGCGGAGUACACCCAUGAUAGCGGUGCCUAUGAUGCCAGCCGUACUUCGUACAACUAUUCCGCUCCUGCCGUUGGCAGCCUGCCCACUGACCACCAGCAUCUGUCUCCUGAGAUGACGGGAUCGCCAAACCACCCGCCUGCCUCCGGCCGCGCCACCCCCCGCACAGCGGCUGCUCCCCAGCCCUAUUAUUCCCAGCAAACGGGCUACAGCACCCCACCUCGCGUACCUCAGCAACCAUCAAGCAACUUGUAUAAUGUAAUGAGCAGCGACCGCGGCUCUGCGCCAGGAAACAGCGGUAACGACGUUUAUCAACCCCAAGCUGACAUGGGUUCCAUGUCCAACGGCUACGCCUCACAGAUGAACGGUGGCGCCGGCGGUAUUAAACGCGGGCGCGAUGAGGAUGACGACCUACAGCGACCAUUGAGCGGCGGUGGCAUGGACCUGAAGCGUAGAAAGACUCUUAUGGACUCUUCUGUCCCCGCUACAGCAUACGACGCCAUGCCCCGAGCUCCUCCCGUUAUGGCCCAGCAGCCGCGACGAAGGUAA